AUGGCAACGGAAGUCGCCAACCAUCGUCGCGAGAGUGGCGGCAACACUACGACAACAACGACGACGGCUCCUACGACACGCGGCAUGAACUUGGGUUCGAGUGCUGGCCGUCGCAAUCAAAUGGCUUCGCAACAAUCGUUUCGCGUCCAAGCAUUAGUGGGACGUCAUGGCGAUGCACCAUUCCAAGGUUCCUCCAUGGCACUCAUGUCCAUGCGAAGUGGCAAGAGUAUCAAUUCCACCGGCAGUGGUUUUCGAGUGCCGCGGACGCACAAUGCGAGUUCGAGACGAUUGUUGAAUCUCAGUUUUCACGGCAGUACGUCGCACAUGAAUGCUGGCGGGCAUCCAUAUGGUCAUGGCAGCAGUAUUACCGGCAGCAUUCCCGAUUUUACCAAUUCCAUUCGGAUUGAUGAUUUGGGUGGUAUGGACGAUGACUCGAAUAUGAUGAUGUCGCACGGCUCACUCUCCCAGUCGCACUCGUCGAAACAAUGGGCGCAACAAAGUGUCAAAUUUCGAGCGCAACAAUUCGUCGCUACCAAUGUCGAUUCUUCCAUCGAGGCGCACUAUACGAUUGGAGACUUGCUCGGUGAAGGAGGAUUCGGGGAAGUCUAUGCGUGUGUCGACAAACAAACGGGAGAACCGCGGGCUGUCAAAGUGGUUGGCAAGCAUGCCAAAAAGGAAGACAACGACAAGGUUAUUGCCGAAUUUGAUAUUGUCAAGAAUCUCGAUCAUCCCAAUAUAUUGAAGUUGUAUGCAUUGUUUGAAUCGGAGACACACUUUUUUCUCGUCACGGAUAUCUACGCCGGUGGUGAACUCUAUGAUGAAUUGGAAGAAUUUGGACGCUUCAAUGAAGACGAUGCCGCGUUGCUCAUGAACAAUGUACUCUCGUGCCUCAAUUAUUGUCACAAGAAUAAACGAUUGGCGCAUCGUGAUUUGAAACCAGAGAACAUUUUGCUCGAGGAAAACAAGAAUUUUGAAGAUUUGAAAAUCAUCGACUUUGGUCUCGCCGCGUAUGGGGAUCGAUUCACCGAAUUGGAGGGAUCGACCUAUUACAUGAGUCCCCAAGUCAUUCAAGGCAAUUACGAUUGCAAAUGUGAUAUUUGGAGUUGCGGCGUGAUUGCCUACGUUUGCUUGGCCGGAUUUGCUCCUUUUGAUGGUGCCGACGAACAAGAUGUCGUGCAAUCCAUUCUCUGUGGACGAGUCGACUUUGAAGAUGCCAGCUGGGACGAUGUUUCGGAAAAUGCCAUGGACUUUAUUGCUUACUUGUUGGCGUACGAAGAAGACAAUCGACCUACGGCCGAACAAGCCUUACAGCAUCCCUGGUUGCAACAGAUUCGACAACGACGGGACAUUCAUUGUCAAAAACGACGAGAAUCCACACGCAUGUCUUUAGGAAAUUUGCAAUCGUUCCAAGCCAAUUCCAAACUCAAACAAUGCGUCUGCUCGCUCAUUGCAUCGCAAUUCCUCAAGAAACAAGAAAAGGAAGAAAUUGACAAUGUCUUUCGAAGUCUCGAUCACGAUUGCGACGGGAAACUCACACGACAAGAUGUCGAAACCAGUUACAAGGAAUUCUUUGGACAUGCACUCAGUGAUGCCGAUUUGAAUUCCAUGUUUGAGCAAGUCAACUUUUCAGGAUCGGGGGCAAUCGAAUACUCGGAGUUCGUCGUGGCGUCGCUGAUGGAAAAGAAUCUCAUUGACGACUUUAAACUCAUGGCCGCAUUCAAAAUAUUCGACAAGGAAAACAAGGGAUACAUCUCAGUCGACAACCUCAAAGAAGUACUUUCCUUGGACGAUGACAUGGAAGGAUACAUCCUCAAUGUCAUUGUACGACAAGUCGAUGACAAUGGAGAUGGAAAAAUAUCUUUUGACGAAUUCAAAGACAUGAUGUUUAGCACGGCCGUCAUUCCACCCAAACCAUCCUCUUCCAGACGAGCCGCCCGGUUACGCAACAGCAGUAGCAGCAUCAACAACAACAAGCCACAUUAUCACAGUAGCACCAGCACUGGUACCAGCGGGACAUCCAUUCGCAACAAGGUCGUCAGUCGAGCCAAUCGUAGUACCUGCAGCAGUACCCUGUCGGUCGAAUCAUUCUCCAUGGCAUCGUCGGUAGCACUGACCAUUACCGAAGAUGUAUUUGAAGAAGAAAAUACAGCCCAACGGAGAGAACGGGAACAUCGACGACGACGGGAAGAAGCAGAAUUGUUGGGGGAGAAUUACGAUGACAACAUGAGCGUCUCCAAUGCGAGCUUUCGACAUGUCUUGAACAUGUUUGACGAAAAGAACAAAAAGGCAGCACCGUCGUCAUGA